UUAACCUCUCAAUUAGUUUCAGAAGAAUGUCACAAAUGUUUUUGUAAUAAACAAAUAAUAUGGAAGAUAGGCGGACCUAUAAUUAAAAGAAAAAUAAUUAAUUUAAACAUUUAAUAGCUUAUUUAAAUAUGGAAGUAGAAUUAUUGAAACCUGGAACUGUUCCUAUUUCCCCUGAAACGAUAUUAUGGUUUGAAUUUUUGUUGGAUCCGAAUUUGUUAUUGAAGCAUCUAGAAAAGUUAUCAGCAGAUCCCCCUCCUUCAGAGCUCAUAACAAAAUUUUAUGAUGUCAUCUCAGAGACUUUAAGAAACAAUCCCGACACUGAGAAUGGAGAGAUUAUCAACGUAGAAACCAAUAAUGGUAAAACUAAGCCUCCUGCCAAAACAACUGCUUUAAAAAUCCUGUCUCUUAAAGUUGGAGCCUUUUUAAAAUGGAAUUUAGUUCAAAUAAGAAACCUACCUUUUAAGACGCAAAUAAGUCUCUUACAAGAUCUCAUGUAUUUCACAAACGAUAAAAAGACUGUAGAAAUACCAAACGUUGAAGAAGAAGACGUUAAAACCGCCUCGCCACCAUAUUUGUUCGCUCUGUUGUUAUUUCACAGGUGGCUACUGAGUACUUCUAUGCACAGAAUAACUUCAAAUUGGCAAAUCAGAUACGGUAUAAACGACAUUUCAAAAGCAGACGAAUCUAUCAUAUGCUGUCCCGAAAACAUCAACAAAACAGUCAAUUUCCUAACCGAAGCCCUAGAAUGGCAAAUCAUCCCUGCCUUACUAACCUUCGACUGCUUCAAGCUACCCACAGAAUCUAACGACUGUAUAGAAUUCGAAUGGACGAAAAGUGAAGAGUUAAAAAAGAACGAAUUUUGUGCCCAGAUCAACUACGAUUUGGGCACGUUCUUCUUCCACCGGGAACAGUAUGAUCUGGCGAAAAAACAUUUCUCCAAGUGCCUCGAACUGUUCGCUGAUAUUCCAGAGAUCAACGGUUUCUAUGAUGUCGACAAGCAAAUGCUGGAUGUAUAUAUAAAAGCGUGUCAUGGAUCUGCUGACAUUCAGAGAGGAAAUUUGCUCGAACAACUCAACAAUUCUGUAGUGAAUCAAUAUAAAGGAAUUACGACUAUUCUACAACAGGAUAACGUGGCCAAAGAGAUUCCUCUAAUGCACAGAAUCAAUCUGGAAUUGGACAUUCAAGGCGCCCUAUCGAGCGGCGCUUUUACCGUGGCUAGAGACUUGGUUCAAAAAAUUAAGGCGCUUAAUAUUUUGAGGUGCGUUUUGGAUAGAAAACCGAUAUACCAGCAUUCGUUAUGCUUGUAUAAGAACUGCGAUACACUGAUAUGGGCAAUCCAUUCUUCUUGGAAUUCGUUUGCCUAUGUUGAUAAACAGACCAUAAAAACGUUUCUGAUAGAAGAAAUCAUAAGAGGUGACAUUCCAGAUUUGUUGGCUAAAGUGCAGUCCAACAAAGACAUUUCUUCAGCCUUUGACAAACUUGAUUUAUCGUAUAUUGAAAGCUUCCAGUCAACUGUUGAUGUACCGGAAUGUGUGAUGAAAAUGGAACCGUUAGAGACCAAUAAAAGAAGAAAACCAAAACUGGAGUUAAGACAACUAGAAAAACAAUUGAUAAUAACGAUCGAUCACGUAGAAAUCAAAGAAAUACUAGUUAAAAUUGCCAUGAUGAAUUUAGGCACUACUGUUUGGUCGAUAAAUCCGCAAUGGGAAUUGCCGAUUCCGUUACAGAGUGUCGUAAAAUCUUUACCUAGAGGUUUCGUGCAAGAUUUUGCUUACGUCCUCUUAGCGAAAUCCAAAGAGCAACUAUUGAACAAAAACUUCAACUUGUCGUUAGAGUUUCUGGUGAUACUGGAAAAGGAACUACAAGCCACCAACUGCAACCUGACGAAACUUUUUAAACUUGUCAGUUGGGAAAUUUUGCUAGUACAGAUUGCACAGAUACUGGAUCAGUGGCCCAUCAUCGUCAUAGAUAAAAAUGCCGUAGCAGACGCUUGCGAAGCCUGCUUACAAACUAGCGACUCUGUUCUGCCGCGAAGCGAAAUAGUCGAGCAGUGUGUCAUAUGCUUGAUAAAUCUCGGACGGUGGGAAUUUCUGACAAAUCUGGACAAAAGGUGGGCCACCUUCGAAAUACCUUCAGCGAUAGCUCUGUCGUGCCAAGAACUCACUAAACAUAAAGGGACCAAGAAGUUAUCCAAAAAUCUGUGGGAUUUAGUGUUACCACUGUUUGCGUCAACCUCACAAUCGAAAAGAAACGCCGCAAGUUUCAACGAUUCGUCAAGCCUUAAGACCAACCUGGUGUCUAUAUUUUUCAAAUUGAAGGAAUCUUGGUGCCUCACCACUGUGAUAUCUAUGUUAACGAAAAUGUUUAACAUACUGAAAGACGAAAACGGCCUAGAGCUACAGGCCGAGUAUUGCAAUUUGUGGCCAGCUACCGUCAGCAACGCAAAUUCAUACAAUAUCGUAGCUGUCAACGAGUUACUUCUUGAGGUAAUCACUCACGGUUUGAAUCAAUAUCCGAAUAACGUUGCGUGGUUACGAUUGAUGGGUGAUAUAAACUUUGCAAACGGUCAUUACCAAAUAUCGUUAAGCUACUACCUCAAGUCUCUCCUCGUCUUCCACGAUUACUUCAACACUCCCAUCGGCUAUGACGACCACGUUUUCCGCAGAAUGAUUAAGUGUUGCACAACCCUCGGCGCAAACACUCAAGCUGCUGUAUUAUGUCAAUUUUUAGAAGAAACCGACUACAUGUUGGCCUUCCGGAUAUUGUCCGAACAGAAAACUUGCAACGACGCGGUCGAUGCGUACUACCAUUGUUUCUGGGAUACCAGUAUUUUGGAGUAUCUCAUAUACACUCAUAAUAAGAAGGGGGAGUUUCAGAGAAGGAAGAUUGCGAUACAAGUCAUUGGAAUGUUGGAGUUGAAUUCUAGUAACAAUGGAGAAAUACAGAGGGAAGCGAGUAAUUUAAGAAAAAGUACGUUUUUGAGGGCGUUGUGUAAACAGUAUGUAUUUUAAGGUGUAUUGUACAUAUUUAAAAAUAAAGUAUGUAGUUUUGUA